GAACAGACCACAUACAUGAUACAUGUGAUACACACAAGCUCUCCGCGUGCCGUUCUUCACUGCUCAGGUCUGUGUUCAGGUUCUGUGUGAAGUUGUUGUUGACGAAUUGUUCUGCCCAGCGUGACAAUGAUGCUGGCUCGUCGAUUGUUCUGUCAGAAACAACUGUGGCAAGUCUCGUGCAAGUACCGGACGGUAGUGCGGCACACGCAAAGCACCGCGAAUCAAAUACCCGAGACAUUUUCGGUUGGAAGUCUGAACCUGGAGCCUAAGCGGCUGCCGGAGGCCCUGAAGAAGCAGCCGCAGCGGCAGCCGUUCGCGAAGAACCUGUUUCUAGGCGCGCUUGACCACGAAUUCAUGUACUACCCUGAGCCGCAAACCAAGGACAGAUACAAUGAGUUCUUCGAGUGGCUGAAGCCGAUCGAGAACUGCAUAUCCGAAUGUCUGGCGAACCCAGAGGAUAUCGAGCGGAACGAGAUACUCUCUGAGCUGAAGAAUCUGGGUCUCUUCCGGGCGUACGUGAGCGAAGAUUACAAUGGCUUGAACCUGAAUCAUACGGAAUUGGCGAAGCUGCUGGAGGUGCUCAGCAGCUUGCCCUGGUUAGGCUCGUACUUCGUGAAGAAUUACAUCAUGCCGAUUCAGCUGAUCAACAUGUUGGGCUCGGACGCACAGAAGGCCAAGUACUUGCCGAGGAUAGUGAGCGGCGAGGUGGUGCCCACGGUGUGCUUCACCGAAGCCAAUGGCUUCAACCCGCAAAACAUCGAGACCAGAGCCGUAUCUUUGGAUGACAACAUGCAUUGGCUGCUGAGCGGCGAGAAGACCUUCGUGACGAACGGACAAGACGCCAAUCUCUUCAUCAUCUUCGCCCAGUGCGGCCUCGGCCGGGCGUCUACCGCCGUAGAUAACGUCUUGUCUGUGUUUCUGGUGGAAAGUAACGUUCGAAUCACUGUGCGGGAUGUCAGCAUUUUGGUCGGGCAACAGGGUACUUCGAUAAGUACGAUCACCUUCAACGACAUCAAGGUUCCUAAGGAGAACCUCCUCGGCAAGAUAGGAUCCGGAAUGGAUGUGCUAAUCGACUUGAUAGCACCGGGCAACAGGCAGAUCGCUCCACAGACGAUUGGUAUCUUGAAAAAUUUCAUAAAGCUGCUGGUCAAGAACAUAUUGCAGAGGAAACACUUGGACCGAGAUCUGCACGAGUACGAGCUGAUUCAGCAGGCAAUAGGCAAGAUCGCCACCAGGCUGUACGGAAUGGAGAGCAUUCUCUACAUGACCACCGGCAUGAUGGACACUUUCGACAAGCAGGACUGCGCGCUGGAGAAAGCCAUGGUGGAGGUGUACUGCGCGAACGAGUGCAUCGCUUGCAUCCACGAAGGCCUGCACGUUAUCGGGGCGCAAAGUUACAUCCGGGGGAACCCCUACAUGCAAAUCCUCGAGGACGCGUUAUCGUACACGCUCUACGACAGUUACAACAUCGAUUCCAACGUGUACGUGUCGUUGUUGGGUCUCCAGCAUACCGGUAAAAACAUGUACAAGCACAUACACAAGCUGCGAAACCCCUUCAUGUAUCCUAAAUAUAUCGUCAAGUGGAUGUUUGGUUACACCCCCGUCCGGAAAGUCGGAGGCGCCGAGCACAUGCAUCCGUCGUUGGCGCCAACUGACCCCAUAUUAGACACCUGCAUCAGCAAGCUGGCGGACGUCGCGAUUCUCUUGCUGGAACGCCACGGCCAGGACAUAUCCGACCAGCAAAUGGAGCUGGGCCGGCUGAGCGACCUGGCGACGAGGACGUUCGCUCUAAUAUCCGUUCUCUCACGUACCUCCCGAGCCUACUGCAUCGGCCUGAGGAACGCCGAACAAGAGCGACACGUGGCCAACAGCUUCGCGAUAUUCUGCUUGGGGAGAGUAACCAUGCUCACGGACGAGAUCCUAAAGGGCAGCUGGAGUAACGGCGACAGGCUGUUCCAGGACAUCGCCAAUCUCAUAUACAGCAAGAAGGACUACUUCGCCGAGCAUCCGCUCAAAAGAACUUACUAGGUGUUUCUAGGACUUUCGAAUUGAGACAUUGUAAAGAUACGAACUUCGUGCCUGUGAAAACUACGAGAAGAUGAACAGAAAGGCUUGCCUGAAGCUUUUGUUCCGGUGUGUGAGGAUGGAGCAACGUUGUGCGUUCAUGUAAGAGCAACGGCAGUUGGAAUCAGAUAGAGUACGAUUAACGCCCAAAUAUGCGUCCAAUUCGAUGUGUCUGUAAAAUAUCCUUUUUUAUCUCGUAGUUUACAUGAUCGUCGUGACUGCAUUGUAAAGACACGUAUUGUAAAUAAUUCGCACCUGGAAGGAAGAGCGGGAACAAAUAUACACACACACACACACA